AUGCUGCCUGUGAUGUGUGUGCUAGCCUUUGGUGCUUGGCUGGUGGCACAGAGCAAGGCUACACCAAGUACCCCCACAAUCUCCAUCUUCCUGAAGCCACCUGGGGUGAUCCCACCGGGAGGCUCCACCACCAUCUGCUGCAGUUGCCAGCGUGACAAUGGGAACUUCGUGCUGUACAAGAAUGGCCGCAAGCUCCGCAGCCUGGAGCUGCGUGGCAGCAGGGCUGAGUUCUCCAUCUCUAAUGCCACCCGAGGGGAUACAGGUGCCUACAACUGCCAUUACCUGGAUGGAGGCACUGUGCUGGCUCGCAGUGAAACCCUGGAAGUCACAGUGCAAGAGUUCCGUCUCCCCAAACCUGUCUUCUCUGUCCUGCCUGGGCAUGAGGUGGCUGCAGGAGCUUACGUGAUUUUUCAUUGCACCAUCGCACACUCCAAAGCUGGCUGUUUCCUGUACCUGGAGGGUCAGGUUGAAACCCUGGCCUUACUCACGAAGGAACAAGAGGAUUUCAACCUCUCCCAUGUGCAUAAAGGCAAUGGGGGCCGCUACAGCUGCCAGUGUUUCACCAAGAGUGCUUCUUCGUUUGAAUGGUCUGCUGUCAGCAAGACCCUGGAUUUGGUGGUGAGAGAUUACACCUGGAGCAAUGUGGUGCGCCUGGCCUUGGGGGCCGGGGUCCUGGUCCUGCUGGGGCUGAUUGUGGCUGAGCCACUGGUGCAGGCUGGGGCCCGG